AUGCCAGAUUUUGGUAGUGAUCUUGCGGCGCAAAUAGAGAGAUGCGAGGAGAGAAUCCAGGAGGGGAUUGUGCCUUGGCUUUUUGAGGAUCAGUUACGAUCUCUGAGGGCUCGGAUGACAGUUUUGGAGAAAGUGAUGGCUCGGUUUCCGGGUGUUAGCCCACAUGUGGCGGAGCGACUAGAAAUUCUAGAAGCCCAGGGAAAAUAUCUUAUUGAGAGAGAUGACGACUUGGAGCUAGUUUCCAAUGUGAGAAAUAUUAUAUCUGCUUAUAAAUCAUGUCAACUCGACUGGUAUCCAGGUCUAGUGACGUACUGGUCGCAUGGGAAACGACUAUGCGAGCCAAGACCUUUUGAUUUCCAGGAGUUCGCAGAGGUCAACCGGAAGCAUAAAGGCUGGAGUGGAUUCUGGGUAUAG